GCCAGUUUUAGCAGUUUGCAAGGACUGACAAGUCUGCACACCCUGAGCACUGUGUACAUACCUCAGGAAAACUUGGCAAUCUUUGGAAGACAGUCAUGAUACUACAUGAUGAGGCUGAUAUCACAUAGUUGCUCCAUCAAAUCUAUGUUGUAAUAGUAGGCUGUCCAUGCUGAGUGAAUGAACAAUAUAUAAACCCUUGGUUUUAGAGGAGACUUCAGUUGCCUGGGUACUCCAUAGCAUUUUGACCAGAGAAUCCUCCUCUUGAAUUUGAUAAGAGACAACUUCAUCACACAGAAUCUACAGACUUGGUAACCAAGUCCUACCAUUCCGAAAAUGGCAGAAAUUGAGGAAAUAAUUGAAGGUGUUGAAGAAUCCAUUGAAGGUGCUUCAGAAGAAGCUGAAGGAGCGUCAGAAGAAAUACAAGAGGAAGUAGGAGCUGAAGUGGCUGAAGCCAGCAGCGAGGUUGCAGAGUUCUCCGAAGUUGUUGGGAUGUUAAAAACCUUCGCUAACUGUGCCAAAACAAACAUACUGAAGAUAGCAAAAUUUAUCUUGGAAUAUGGAGCUAUUGGUGCUAUUCUUUGGGGAGUAAAUGUGGGUCUCAACAAAUUAAUCAUCAAAGAUCCCCAACAAAGUUCAGAUGUGAAGAAGAAACGUACUGCCAUUAAGGCACUCACCACCGUGAUCAAGACUGAAACUGACUUGGGUAAGAAGACCUUGGAGUGGAUGAAGGAUCAUCAAGAUGACCAAAUUACCCUGGCUGGGUUUGAUGUGCCACUGGAAUCGGUUAUUGCGAAAUAUAUCACACCAAUAUCUGAGGCUGUUGAUAGAGCCUUCGAUAUAGCAAAAAGCCUGCAAGAAAAGUUGGAUGGAAAAGUUCAGCACAAAGUCCCAACUGGAGAAGACAUGAGAGAAAUCCUUACAACUGGUGAUGCAUUUCACAAAGGCUUCAAUGACCUGGUCGCCUUCAUCUCUAAAAAUGUGCAGAAGAUUGAACAGCUGGCAACCUUUCCAGUGAAACAGGCAGACAUCGACCUUCUUACAACUCAGCUGAAAGAUGCCAAGGACUUACCUUUGUGGUAAAGAGAUGAGAUACCUUGAUUUGUAUACAAGACACAAAUCUCAGAAGAUUGGUUUUCUCCAUAUGAUUUGAGGUCCAGCAAUGACUACAGUCUUUGGUCUGUGGUUUCUGAUUUGUAAAAUAAAAAAUUGUGCCAAGAUUUAAGGACGGGGAAGUUUUCAGAGUUGCAGACCUGUGUUUAAAGUAGAUAUAUAGUGGUUAACUCAUGUAGCCUUCUUUUAUUCUUCUCUUCAACAGUUUUUUCCCGUAUUUGUUCAUAAUUUACAUUACACACUCUAAGAAAUAAAUCUGUAAAAUAAAUUACAUGCAGCUACCUGCUCAAAACAGUUUUACAACUGUCGGUGUAAGAAAGUGCAUUGUUUAUUUUAAAAUGCAGGUUUUCAAUCUCCUUUGCAAAAAAAUAAAAAAUAAAUGAAAAUCCCCCCAAAUUAUGGAGCUGUAGGAGAUAUUGGUUAAUUACAGCUAAUGAGGUGUUGGUUUAGACUGCAGGUAUGAUUCUGUGAGCAGUAUGUCUGCAUGGGAAGCUGGCUCUCUCACACCUGAGCUAUGUUAUGAUAUGUUAUGGUAAUGUAUAUUAUUGACACUGCAGCGUGUGUUUACUAAUGUCAUGUUACUCAGCUUUAUAUUAAUGUCCAAAUUUUUGCUUUUGAAGCUUUGGAAAGGGAAUAAAAAGGUUUUGGGUCUGGAUGCAUAUUAUCACUGA